GUGAGCCGAUCUUUGACGAUCGCAUUGUCAAGAUUGAAUCUCACACGUACAACCCAUACGCCAACACAACGUUAGGAUAUAGCGAUGAGAUAAGAAUACCAGUACAACAGCAGGAUUUAUACACAUUGCCAUGCGAGAGUUAUCUUUAUGUUGAGGGAAAAAUAAUUGCACAAGCGGCAGCCGAAAAUGUGGCUGUAACAUUAGGAAAUAAUUGCUUCGCAUUCAUGUUUGAUAAGAUUCGUUAUGAACUGGAUGGUGUGGAGAUUGAUUGUAACAGAAACGUUGGAAUAACUUCCACGCUCAAGAAUGUAUCGUUAUCUUCUGACAAAAUUGUUGGUAUGAAAAAUGUUGCGUGGGAUACGAUCAACGCUUAUUCGGCAGAUGGAUACUUCAACUUUUGCGUACCGAUCAGCAUGUUACUAGAAUUUUAUGAAGACUAUAAGCGUAUAUUGAUUAAUGCGCGUCACGAAUUGAUUCUCAUACGAUCGCGCAGUGACAACAACUGUCUACAUGGAUCAUCGGCGUUGGAGCCUAAGGUGGAACUAUUCAAGAUACAAUGGAAAAUGCCUCACGUACUCUUGAACGAUAUCAAUAAGCUCUCCCUGUUGAGAACCUUGAAGAACGGCCGAUACCUGAGCAUGAGUUUCCGCUCGUGGGACCUGUAUAAAUUUCCUCUGCUACAAAACACGACUAAACACGCGUGGCCUGUCAAAACUGCCACUAAUUUGGAAAAUCCGCUAUAUGUUAUUUUUGCACUACAGACUGGUCGGAAGAAUGUCAUGGCGGAAAAUAUAACUCAAUUCGACAACUGCAAUUUGAUCAACGCAAAACUCUAUCUAAAUUCAGAGUGUUAUCCGUACGAUGAUAUGAAUUUGGACAUUGCAAAGAAAAGAUACGCAAUAUUUUACGAUAUACUAG